AUGAUUCCUGAUGUGAUUUAUAAGGUGUCAAUCUCGUUUUGUUCCUUAUUUUUCGCUAUCCAAGAAGCGGACGCCGGCUUGAAAGGGAGUAUAUCGCGCCUCAUGUUUGUACUCACUGCUGUUAUGCUGCAAUUCUUUGAAAAUUACGUACUAUGUAUGUCACUGUCCGCUAUGCAUCUAGAAGAGCAACAACUCAUACAACACCGACCACCACCAACAUACGAACAGUUGUCCGUUGCGGGUCUUAUGCAACAAAGGCCGAGUACAUCUAAACCGGUUGUCCCUGAACAAAUAAAUAAAGCGGCUCGUCCGGAAACGCCACCGCCUUGUUAUGAAAAUGCCGUUGAAAAUUUAAAGGCCGCAAAGGCGGAUGUGCAUAUUGUAUGA